AUGGACUAUGCUCGAGAAGAUUUUGACAACUAUGUAUGGGAUAAGAAUGACGAAGCUUGGGAAGACUUUCGAAGUUGGCUUCGGCAGCCAGCCGCGCCUCGCCGUGCGAGAAUACUUGUCGAGCAAAGGUUUAAGAAGCCUGCAACCCUAGUACCACCUAUGAUCAUCGGUGGUUACAAUAUUCUAUACAGACUGCGUGUUGAAGGAGUCGCGUCUGAUGUGUUGAUUCGAAUACCAUGCCCCAGCUUUGUCAAGUUCGCGGAGGAGAAAACUCUACGAGAGGGUGCAACGGCAAGAUUCAUACGUAAACACACUCGUAUCCUAGUCCCAGAAGUGUUCUACUAUGGCCAGGAUUCCGAGGUUGGCCCCUUUAUCAUUCUCCAAUAUAUCGAAAAUCGGUCGACAUGGUCAUAUGCCCUGAGGGCUCCAAACAAUGAUCCUAAUGAAACCUACGUGUUAAACCCAAAUGUUUCUGAGCGUAUGCUCGAGGACCUUUGCAGCAAGGUUGCUAGCUGCAUUCUGCAGCUCUCAGAGCACACUUUCACCCGCAUUGGCUCACUGGUCGAAACCCAAGAUACGGACGGCAGCUCCUUCUCUAUUGCUGGGCGACCCAUCACCCAAAACAUGAACAACAUGAUCCAACUAGCCAAUAUCCCCCGUUCUGUUCUCCCCGCCGAAGACAAGACGUAUGAUACUGCCGACGAAUGGUACGUUGCACUUGCUGAGAUGCACAUAUCCCAGCUGGUUUUUCAACACAAUGAUAUGGUUUCUUCCCCGGAAGACUGCCGCAACAAGUACGUUGCACGCCACCUCCUCCUUCAACUUGCUAAAAAAGGUCUGCUGUCGACUUUUGGGUUCGCAGAAGAUGAUUGGUCUGCACAGUCCAAAACUCACCCCGAGAUUCUUUGCCCAGGCCUUGCCCCAGGCGAAUUCCGGCUUUGGUGUGAUGAUUUCCGCGGCGGGAACGUGCUGCUAAAUGAUUCCGACGAUAUAGUUGCGUGUAUCGACUGGGAGUUCGCCUAUGCUGCGCCUUCGCAAUUCAUGCUCGAUCCCCCCUGGUGGCUGCUCCUCGAAGUACCCGAGAUGUGGGGCUCUGGUAUUGAUGACUGGAGCCAGAUCUAUCAGAUGCGUCUCAAGACUUGGUUAUCUGCCAUGGAGAAGGCCGAGGAAGAUGUCGAAUCAAAUUCUAAUUCCAAUUCCUUGCCGUUUCCCUUAUCCACGUAUAUGCGCGAGAGUUGGGAAACAGGUCGUUUCUGGCUCAGCUAUGCUGCGAGAAAGAGCUGGGCGUUUGAUACGAUAUUUUGGAAAUACUUGGACGAGAGAUUUUUUGGGGGAAGGGCAGAUGUGCCGAAGCAUGAGCUGUGGAAAACGAGGCUACAUUUUUUGGGGGAGAAAGAGAGGUGCGCUAUGGAACCGUUUGUGAAGAAGAAGAUGGAGGAGUCGAAGGAAAGAAUUAUUGUUGAUUGGGAUCUAGAAGAAGCAAAAGAACGCUUGGGAGAAGUGUUGUUCUCUUAG